AUGGCUUCAUCCAACUCAACUCCCAGAAUCGUAGCCCUAGCGGACAAGAUUAGCUCUUCCGUCGCCGAAUUGCAAGAGCUCCUCUCAAGUCAGGGAGUGCCACCCCCCUCUUGGGCCGAGGAUAACCCAGAAUGCCUCCCUGCCGACGCUGCCCAUCUUCAAGAUGCAGUCCUUGACGAAACGGCCGAAUUGCACGAAUUGCUCCUCGAGCCUUUCUCGCUCGUCUGUAGAUUCGCUGCCAUUUCCAACCUGGUCAGCCUGGAUGCCCUCUGCCGAUUCCACAUUGUCGAUAUGAUACCCCCUGGAGGUCAAAUCUCCUUUGAAGAGAUUUCCAAAAAGUCUGGGCUCGAUGAAGCGCUUGUGAGGCGCCUAGUCAGGCACGCCAUGACCUUGCGUAUACUGGGGGAGCCUGAGCCUGGUAUGGUGGCACACACAAAAAUCUCCAAGUUCAUGACCAUUCCGUAUAUCAAUGCCUGGGUGGUAGACGCAACAGAAAAGUGGCCAUCUUCUGAAGAGCCCACUGAGACUGGCUUUACUCUUGUCAAUAACACGGAUAAAUCAAUCUACGAGGUUCUCAGCACGAACCCUAUGCGGGCCACGCGCUUUGCAGCUUCCAUGAAAUCUUUCGACCAUAAUCCAGGUUACUCCAUCUCCGAAGUCCCCAAACUCUACGAUUGGGCUUCCCUAGGUGAUGCGAUCGUCGCUGACGUGGGAGGGUCCAGAGGCCAUGUUGCCAUAGAGGUGGCAAAGAGUUUUGACAAUGUCAGGCUAGUUGUCCAAGAUAUGGCAUUGGUCGUCAAGGACGCCGAAUCUGGCGUGCCUGAUGAUAUCAAGGGGCGCAUCGAGUUCAAGGCACAUGAACUUUUCGAACCGCAAGUGGUGCAAGCUGAUGCUUACUUUUUCCGCAUGAUCUUCCACAACUGGGCCGACAAAUAUUCUCUCAAGAUACUCAAAGCGCAAAUUCCGGCACUCCGACCAGGUGCAAAGAUCCUGAUACAGGACGCAGUAAUGCCGGGUCCAGGCGAGGUUCCUCUCUGGAGAGAGCGACACAUAAGAUCAAUGGAUCUGAACAUGUUGGGCGGCUUCAACGCCCGCGAGAGGUCUAUACAAGAAUGGAAAGCUUUGCUCGCAGCGGCCGACGAAAGGUUCGUCAUUCGGCGGGUGAUCCCCCACGCGAGGUCUUCAAUGUCAAUCAAAGAGAUUGUUUGGGAUGCUUCCAACUCUGGCGAAGCUUGA